AUGGAGACAGCCAAGGUGCUACUACGAGAGUUCAAGACACAGGGUCAACUGUACAGUGCAUUUGCAGGCAGCUUGGGACUCUUCUUUGGUGCAGUGGAUGGCCCCACGUUGAAGCCUAUGGAGAGAACAGUGAAGCCUACGGAGCCGGUUCCGGGGGUGAAGGGAGUUCCGGAGCCACGUGAAUUGGGCUUUUGGCGUCGCUUUCUCCUCACAAGCCCUGGUGUGGUGUUGGCUUUCCGAUUGGGAUUGAAGGCCAAAGACCUUAAGGCCUCCUCAUCAUCCAUUGCCCUCGCCGUGGUACCCACAGUUUGGGGUCCCUUGUUGUUGUAUUUGUUUGCAUAUCCAGCUGGUGUGGAGCUCAACAAGGUCCAAUUCCAGAAUUGUUCAAGAGUCUACAAUUAUGAGGAAUCAAUGCACAAACAGUGUUGCAGAGCGGCCGCGGACAGCUCGGUGCAAGUUGACCAAUGGGAAGCUGAAGGGCACAAGGAAAAGUGGGAAGCCCACUCGAUGCUGCAAUGUGGUGGGUGGGAUGGUUUUCAUGGAGACCAUUUGCUUUGUGCCAUCGGCACUACAUUGCUUCAGCUCAAGCAGACACAGGUCUCCGUGAGCCCCACACUGGCUGACAAAGCUCGUGACCUGAGAGAUGGUGACGAAGGCAUUGUACGGGACUUCCAGGAGUUGGCAGUUGGCAAGAAGGCUGUGGUGGCAACAAGGCUUGUCAGACAAGCUGAGAAACAGUUGGGAGACUCUGCAUGGGUGUCCAUCCUAAGCGACUUGACACACAGCUUGCCAGAAAUGUCACCUCAAUCCCUGUCCUCUACAUGCCAAGCUGUGGCCAAGCUGGGCUUUGGCCGCAGAGCAAACCAAGAGAUGAGGACAGCGAAGACCCGAUUGUUCGAGCAGCUCGCAGCCUUGGUGCAGGAACGUGCAAGAGAGAUGGGCCCACAGGAGAUCGCUCGAUCUGUAUCUGGCCUUGCCAUCUCCAAGGAAGUGGCUGCAUCUCAUCCUGUGUUUUCUGCGUUGGGCGAGGCAGCUACAUCUCGCUUGGAUGACUUCCAGGCUCCUGCAGCUGCUCAGCUUGUGAACGGCUUGUCCAAGCUUCGCCUGGGCGGAGGCAGCUCCGGCGUGCUUGCCCAGUUUGCAGGUGUCUUGAAAGAUUGGCUGAGUGAGCUCUACCCCAAGGAGUUGGCCUUGGUGGCAAAUGCUUAUGCGCGCUGCAGUGUGCCGGCAUCAGUUUGUGACAGCUUGUUUGAAGAGCUGGCCACUUUGGUGGUGAAAUGUAUGGAUGACCUUGUGUCUCAGGACGUUGCUAAUUUAGCGAAUGCCUUUGCCAAGCUGGAUGCUCCAGGUGGGCAAGCAGGGCAAGAGUUGCUGCUGCAACUGGCAAGACAUGCAAAACUGCCUGAAAUGGAUCCUCCACACAUUGCCGCCAUGGCAUGGGCCUAUGCACGCUUGAAACAUCCAGAGGCUCCUAAACUGCUAUGGGCCAUCGCGGAGCAGUUGUCCUCCUCCAAAGGCUUUCACUGUUUCUCCACACAAGAAAUCGUCAACCUUCUAAGUGCCUUUGCCAAAACUCGUGUCAGACAUCAACUUUUGCUUGAACAUGUUGUAACCUAUUUGAAAGAGAAUCCGCAGGUUGUUGCUCAGAUGGUGCCAUUGGAUAUCCUCUACACGGCUUCUUCCCUGGCAAGGAUGCAGAUCUUUGACGAGACUGUUUACAACCUGCUUGCUCAAAAUAUUCGACGAACUUGGAAAAUCAGUGCAAAGCAGGGCAUCUAUUUCUUGCAGUCCUUGAUGCAGGCACAGUGUCUUGACAAAGACUUGGCCAACGGUCUGGUCCCAAUCCUUCAACAAGCUCUCCAGCGAGGUCAAAAAGACCCGAGCACAUCUGAUUGGGUUGUCGCUUUGGGUGUGUUGACAUCGAUACCCGAGAACUCCAAAGAGAUUGACCAUUUGUGUGAAGAGAUUGUUGGCCACUGCGCAGAUCAUGUGAUGCAAGGCCGUCCUUUGUCCGGGCUGGAUAUGUCGUAUUUACUGCGGGCCCUGUCCCGAAAAAGGUUUGAUAAGACAGCCGAACUUACACCGCUCUUGCUUUGGCGCCUUAUUGAGAAUCAUGGCAGUUUUGCUAUCUCAGAGUUUGUUUCCGCGGUGAACUUCGCAGUGACCAUGUAUGUUGAAGAUGCUGUUGCCUUUGGUGUGACGGACAGCAUUUACAGCUCUGUCUUGAACUUGCUGAUACAAGAAUUGACUUCGGGCAAGAGGAUGAUCGGCCUCACGCAUCAUGAGCUCUUGACGGUUGCUAGCACUCUGAGCAAAGUAGCUGAUCAAGAGUACUCAGAGCCAGCAUGGUCAGCAAUGAUGCGUGAAACAUCAAGAAUUCUGAUGGAAGAUUUGGAGGCAGCAGUCAGCUCAGAUGCAUCUUUGACUCACGCGAUUGUGGUCGUGCUGAAGUGCUGUGCCCGAGCGCAUGCUCGAGAGGCGCUGCUCCUGGGGCCCAUCUACGAAUGGCUUGCGUCCAAUCGAAUAAACCAUCUCAGAGGCGAUUUGUCACGCCAAGGAAUCUUGGCAAUCUCACUGGCCAAACUCGGAGCUGCUGGGCAAUUGGAAGUUCGAGAUUUGGCAAUGACUCAGAGGCAGUACUUCGCCGCCUGGUCACAACUUCUUGAAGGGGCAAGCAGAACAGCACCGCUUGAGGAGAGGGCAGAAGAAGAAUAUCCGGCCAAAGAUGGCCAAAGGAUCCAUACCAAAGUUCAAGUGAUUUGGUUUGCCUCCUCAUGA